ACUCUGGAAUCUGUAUUCUGGAACAAGUGGAAACCGGAAAGCAAGAGCAAAAGGGGAGAUCCAAAACGCAACUCCUACCUUCCAAUUCAAUCUUCCAGUUCAAGGGCCAUUAUUCCAUCUUUCACUUUUCCAAUUUGGGUUUUUUGAGCUGUUUCUGCAUCUGUAUGAAUUAGGGUUUUAUACCAAGCCACUCAUGUCUGUCAAUAACAACAAUUCCCAAAAGAACCCUGCUGCCUUUGGAAAUUCCUUCCCCCCCAACCCUACUCCCCACCUCCAGUCACACUCCCAACCCUCUGCUUCUCCCUUUGCCACUCAGUUUCAGCUCUCCCAGUAUGCUGCUGCCCAUGCCCAUGCCCAGGCCAUAGCUCAAGCUCAGUCCAAAGCUCAGGCUCAAGCCAUGGCCAACCACGUCCAAUUCCAAGCCCAGCUCCAGGCACAAGGAAUGUCUCUUAAUCAAUCACAUGCACCUUUCUCUGCCAAUUCCCCCUCUUUUCCCAAUUCCACCAUCAAACGUUUGCCUCAAAAGCCUCUUGGAAGACCGCCUGGCAUGUCCAGUGCAAAUACCAUCUCUCCCAUGAGGAUGAUGGAACUUACACCAGCCGCACGUAAUAAAAAGAAGCAGAAGCUCCCAGAGAAGCACUUGCUUGAGAGAGUCGCAGCAAUUCUGCCACAGUCUGCUCUUUACACACAACUCCUUGAGUUCGAGUCACGUGUCGAUGCUGCUUUGGCAAGAAAGAAGAUAGACAUCCAAGAAGCAAUUAAGAAUCCUCCUUGCAUUCAGAAGACGCUUAGAAUAUAUGUGUUCAACACUUUUGUGAAUCAAACUCGUACAACUCCCAUGAAGCCCAACGAUGACCCACCUACUUGGACCAUGAAAAUAAUAGGCCGAAUCUUGGAAGAGGGGAUGGAUCCUGAUCAGGUAGGGAUGAUGCCGGCCCCAAGCCCCAUGUACCCCAAAUUUUCGUCUUUCUUCAAGAGAGUCACCAUUUCGUUGGACCAGAGAUUAUAUCCUGAUAAUCAUAUGAUUUUGUGGGAUGGUGCUAGAACACCGACACCUCAACAAGGGUUUGAAGUGAAAAGGAAAGGGGACAAAGAAUUUACUGCCAACAUACGGUUGGAAAUGAAUUAUAUGCCUGAGAAAUACAAGCUUUCUUUAGCUCUAAUGGAAGUCCUUGGAAUUGAGGUCGAUACUCGCUCGAGAAUUAUUGCUGCAAUAUGGCAUUAUGUCAAGGCUAGGAAGUUGCAGAAUGCAGACGACCCUUCCUAUUUUAUCUGCGAUCCAGCGCUUCGAAAAGUAUUUGGGGAGGAUAGGAUGAAAUUCACCAUGGUCUCACAGAAGAUUUCACAUCAUUUAUCUCCACCACAGCCUAUCCAUUUGGAGCACAGGAUCAAGCUCUCGGGGAAUAGUCCAGCUGGAAAUGCAUGUUACGAUGUGUUGGUGGAUGUCCCUUUUCCAGUACAAAGGGAAUUGAAUGCUUUACUGGCCACCACUGAGAAAACCAAAGAGAUUGAAGCCUGUGAUGAAGCAAUAUUUAGUUCAAUACGGAAGAUCAAUGAACAUCGUAAAAGACGGGCUUUCUUUCUUGGAUUUAGUCAGUCACCUGUCGAGUUUAUCGAUGCUUUGAUUGAAUCUCAAGGAAAGGAUCUGAAGCUUAUGGCAGGGGUAGCAAGCCGUAACGCUGAAAAAGAGCAUCGGGCUGAAUUUUAUAAUCAACCCUGGGUUGAAGAUGCGGUUAUUCGUUACCUGAAUCGGAAGCCAGCAACAGUUAUCCAUGGAAGCACAUAAACAUUUGGCAGUGAUUAGAUAUGAUGUUGAAUUGGAUGAGAGGAGAGGGGUAUAAUGUUAUUGGUGAUGUUUAGGUUUAAUUGUAUCCUAUGGUUUGUUGUUGUUGUUGUUGUUGUUGUUAGCAGCAUAACUUAACCCAUAAAUAUAAUAUGAAGUUAUUG